AUGCUAUCAGACUUCGCCAAAGCAGAAGCCAAUAGCCCCAGCCCCCGGAAGAUAAUCAACGACUCGCGCAACGUCUACAAAAUCCAUCGAUUCCGCAGUCCAAAGAGCUACGGCUUCCGAAUGCUUUUUGACUUUGGCGCGGCACGGAUCGGAAAGGUGCAUGACACUGGGCCGUUCGUGCAACCGCAUAUCUACAGAGCGUCGGAGAUCAUUUUCGAGAUGCCGUGGGGGAGUGAGGUGGAUAUUUGGAAUUCGGGAUGCUUGAUAUGGGACCUCUUCGAAGGAACACAUCCGUUUAAUGACACAUUCGACACUAAUGGCGGCCAUGACCCGUUCAGACAUCUCGCGCUUAUGACUGCCUUGCUUAGACCACCGUUUAGUGAAUUCCGUAACGAAGUGAGACGACGGAGCAAUGUCUUAGUGCCAGCGGCGCCUGGAUUGAGUAUGAAGAAGCACCCAUUCCGACAGUUUUGUUAG